AUGGAAAAUAGGACAAUUACGUUAGCUACCGUUAAUGACAUUGAAAAUGACAAAAAUGUUGACACACUGAGUAUGAUAACAAAAAUGGAUAUGAAGUUAAAUAAUAGCAAAAAUGGGAAUAAUACAAAAAUAAGAAAUAUAAAGUUUGAAGAUUCAUUAAAAAUGAAUGAAGAACAAAUAAAAGUAAAAGAGGCAGUUUUUAUAUUACAAAAUUUGGAAAAUUUUAAUUAUUCUAUUAGUUAUUCUGAAAUUCAAAAUAUAAGAAAUGAUUUACGAUUAUUUGCCGUUAACAGUUAUCAUGAUAAAAAAUAUUCAGAUUGCUUAAUUCAAGCUAUUCAUUCAUACAUGAUAGCAAAGAAAUAUUAUUCUAAAUUUUAUGGAUUUUUUUUAACAGGAGAUAUGAGUACAGAAUUAAUUUUAAUUUGUAAAUGUUAUGUUUUAAUUGAAAAAUAUAAAGAAGGAAAAAAAUAUUUACAAGAGUUAAAAUUUUUAAUUGAUAAUACUUUAAUAUAUACUCACAAAAAGGGUAUAAUUAAUGAUCAGAAACAAAAAAAAGAAAAAGAAGAACCUGUUAAUGCAAAAAAUGGAAUAUAUAAUAAUAAAAAUUUAGAUAAUAAUUAUGAAGAACCAAUUAUAUUGUGUGGAGUAGAAGUAUUGUCAAAUAUACUUUAUAUUUUUGCAGAUUUAUUAAGUUUAUAUAAAGAAAAUGAUGAAGCGGAAAAAUAUUUUUUAAAAUAUCUUUAUAUUAUUGAAAUGUGUUUUAAUAAAGAUAGUUUAAAUUAUAGUGAUGCAUUAAAUGAUGUGUGUUCUUAUUAUAUAAAAAAUAGAGAAUACACAAAAGCAUUAGCUAUUUGUGAAGAAAUAUUGGAGAUAAGAAAAAAAUAUUUUGGUGAUUAUAAUUCUGAAAAUCCAAGCGAAGUAAUUGCUGACUGCUAUUGUAAUUUGGGAUUAUUAUUAAGAUUAUUGGGUAAUUCUGUAGAAUCUUUACAUAAAUAUUUGAUUGCAGUAGACGUGAGAAUGCGAAUUCAUAAAACUAGAUACACUAUAGAAGUUCAAGACAUUUUAUUUUCUUUUGCUAUUAUUAUGCAUCAACUUAAUAAUUUCAAAAUAUCCUUACAAUUAUAUAAAGAAGUAUAUUCUUUUUAUAAAAAUUAUUAUGGUCCAGAUGAUAUUAAUACUAUAAUUGCUUAUAAGUUAGUUGAAGAACUAGAAAAAGAUGUUAUGAAAAAAUCGGAUACAAAUGAAAUAAAUGCUAAUUUAGAAGAUUAUAUGGGGAAAAUAAAUGAAAAAUCAUUAAGAGAUAAUAAAAUAGAUAAAAAUUGGAACUCUUUUAGUGAUAAAUUAAAAAAUAUUCCAAAAAAUGGAGAUGUUGAUCCAAAUCUAAUUGAAAAUCUUAUGAAUGAAAAAAUUUUAAUUAACACAAAAAAUCCUCAUAAAAAUUUGGGAGAUAAAAAAACCUUGUUAACAUUAGAAGGGAAUUUUAGAUAUAAUGAUUUAAGUUAUUGUAGUAUUGAUGCAUAUAAACAUAUGCAAUCAAAUAAAGAAUUUGAAGUUAUAAAAAGUUCUUUUUUUACAUCUUCCUCGAUUAAUAGAGUCAAAUCACUAUAUGCAGAUUCUUGGAAAAAUACUUUAAUUCCUUCCACAUAUAUAUUACCUUUUGUUGAAACAAAAUUAGUAGAUGAUAAAUUAAUUCAAUUAUCAGAAUGCAAAGAUUUUCAAAAUGCUAUUAUUUUCAAAAGGAAAAUAUUACCUAUUGUUAAUAUACCAUUAAUUGAAAGAGGAUAUGUAAAAUUAGAAAAUGAUGAACCUAUUAUGAUUUGCAAUGAAGACGCCAAAGUUUUAUUAAACGAAUGGAAUAUUAAAGAGCCUUUUGUAGAUUCUCAAGGUAAUGUAAUUAGUAAAUAUGAAAGUUUAGAUGAAGAAUUUCAUAUGUUUUUAUCUAUAUUAGAUGAAAAUAAUGAUAUUAUGUUAGGAUUUUAUAAUAAUCCUUUAUAUGUACCAAAUCCUGCUAUUUAUCACUGUAUUAUUUUAAAUGAUCCAUCUUAUUUCGAUAAAUAUAACCAUAGUCAUAAUAUAUACUCUUAUAAUUCUUUACAAGAAAAUGAUAAAAAAAAAAAUUCGAAAUAUGUUGAUUUUAAAGAUGUAAAUUCCAAUAAUUUAAAUUUAUAUAGUGAUAGUGAUUCGUCUGAUUCUAAGAAUAAUAUCGAAGCUAUAAAAAAUAAAGAUAAACACGAUACUAAUAUAUUUAAUUCUUUAAAAUCUGUUGAAAAAAAUAUUGAAAAUAUUAAAACAAUAGAUGUAAUAGAUAAAAAAUAUUCUCUUACAGAAACUGAACUUCUUAAAAAGAAAAAAUCUAUCGAUAAUAUGAAGGAAUUUGUACCAAAAGAAAAACAUAUAAUGGAAAUGAAAAAAAAUAAAUCAAAUAUAAUGUCAUCUAAAGAAAAAGUGUUAGAAAAUACGUUAAGUAAUAAUUCAUUAAACAAUUUAAAUAAAAAGAAAUCAUUUAAUGAAUUAAUGAAAAAGCCCAGUCUUAAAAGUAGCAGUUCUUUAUCUAAUAAAGUAGUUACAGAUAAUUAUAAAGAAAAUAUUAAUGAGAAUGAAUUUAAUAAUUCUUCUAAAAAUGAUACAAAAAGUAAGUCUUUUUCUGAAGUGAAACCUGAUAAUAUAAAAGAAUCAAAAACAAGUGAUGUUAAAUCAAUUUUUAAAAAGAACUCAAAAUAUUCUACACAUUUAAAUACAAAAAAAAAUAGUUUUAAAGAAAAAAAACAUAUUUUAAAAAUGAAGAAUAAUAAUUCCACAAGAUUAUUUUCAAAAGAAAAAUAUGUAGUAAAAAAAUUUAGUAAGUUAACCAAUUCUUUUAAAAAUAUGAACGAAAAAAGCAAAUUAAUUAGUCAGAAAAGCUCAAAAAUAUUGGAUAUAUUAGAAAAAACUAAUAGAAAUGUUAAAUUUAAAAAAGAGCCAAUUGUAAAAUCAUCUAUUGAUCAAAAUAUUAAAUUGGAUUUACAAAAUAAUAUGAAAAAAAUUACUCAAUAUGAUAUGAAUAACUUGAAAAGAGAAAUAUAUUAUGAUGAUUUUCCAUCUAACAACUAUACAAAUUCUACUAAUUUAUCUUUUGAUGAUGAUAAGGAGACAGUUGCAAGUUAUGCAGAAUAUGAAAAAAGUAAAAAAAUAUAUUCUUCAAAUAAUAAUACUAGAAAUAAUCAAGAUUUUUGUUUUAAAAGAUAUCCCAUUAAUAAAAAUAAAUUGAAAAACAAAAAUAGAUUAAUUCUUUUUAAUGAUGAAAAUGAUGAGGAUAUAGAAAAUUUCAGUGAGUGUAACAAGAACAGUUCUAAUGAACUUGUUAAUGAGAAGAAUUCCAAAGAUGUUAAAACAAUUUAUAACGAUUAUAAUAGUGAAUAUAAUGAUGAAGAUGUUGUUGAUAUAUAUAAAGUCUUUGACGUUAAUAUGUCAUCUGAUAAUUCUAGUGAUGAAUCUUAUUUUAAUUAUUCAAAAGAAAAAAAAGAUAAUCAAAAAAAUAACUUAUAUUCUACAUUUAAAUCAACUAAUAGUAAAAAAAAUGAAAAAAUGAAAGAAAUUAGAAAUUAUAUGUUUUCUAACAGCACAUUUAAAGAAAAUUCUAAAAAUGUAGAAAAUUUUAAUAUGAAGAAUAUUAAUCUUAAUGCUAUUCAAAAUGAAACAAUCAAUAAUAAUGCUAAUCUUCCUGAAAUUAAUUUAAAGAAUAAAAUAAAAAAUAUUAAAAAUGUAAAAAAUUAUGAUAUUUUGUUUAAAUUUAGUUUUAACAAAGAAGAACCAUUUGAUAACAAAAAUUUUUCUUUGAACAAUCUCAAAAGUAAUGAUAUAAGUAAAGAAGAAUUAGAAAAUGAUAUAUUUUUAAAUAAUUUAAAAUUAAGUGAUAAAGGAGUUAAAGAAAUAUUGGAAGAUAGUGAAUUAUCCACAUCUUCAGUUUUACAGAAUAAAAGUGAAAAAAGAAUAAUAAAUAUAGAAAAUAAGAAAGAAAAUAAAUUAAGUAUACAUUUAAAAGAAAAAGAUUUUUUUUUGAAAAAUAAUAACAAAUCUAUAUUUAAAAAUAAUAAUUUAAGAGAAAUGGAUAAAAUUGUAGAAGAAAUCUUAAGUGAAAAUGAAGAAUUUUAUGAUGAAAUCACUAAACAAACCCGAAUUUAUGAGGAAAAAAAUAAUUUUGACACUCCAAGUAAUAGUGAGUUUUCACAAAAUAAUGAUAACAACAUUCUCUACAAAAAUGAAUAUAUAAAUGCAAGUAAUAGUGAUAAAAAUAAUAGAAUUAUUCAUAAAGAUGAAACCCUUGAUGAAAUCGAUGAUCAAAAUAGUAAUUAUGAUAAACUUCAUGAAAAUGAUACUAAUGAUUUAGAAAAUGGAGAAGUAACCCUUUCAGAUAGAUUAGAAUGUGAAAAAAUAGAUGAUGUACAAAAGAGCAUUUUUGCUGAUAAUUUAUUUUUAAGAAGUAACUCAAUAGAAGAACUAGACUCCAAUUUAGUCACCAAUAAAUAUAAAAGUAACGAUUUGAAUAUUAUAAGAAGUGAAAUUAAAAAUAAUAACAUAAACAAUAUUUUGGAAAAUUAUCAAGAUGAAGUCGAUAAAAGUACUGAUUCAGAUAUAUAUAAUAAGAAAAAACAUAUUAAAUUAAAUGAUAAUAAUUCUUUAGAAAAGGAAGAUAAUGUAAAAUUAAGUAAUACUUAUAGUUUAAAUACUAAGAAAGGUGAAAAAAAUAAAAUGAAGAGAGAAGGCAAGUUCAAAUCAAAUAAAAAAGAUAAAAUAAAAAUGAAUAGCUACGAUCAUUUAGAUCAUUAUGAUGAUCAAAUUCAUGUAAAUGAAGAUUAUAUUAACAAUGAAAGAGUAUCAAAUAUGGAAGAAAAUAAAACCAAAUUCUCUUUAGAUAAAUAUACAUGUAAUAAUUUAAUUAAUAGUAGUGAUAAUAUUAACAAUACUAAUAUCAUGAAUGAUAUAAAUAAUAUAACUGAACUAGGAAAUAUAAAUCUUGUUGAUAAUGAUAUAUAUAAUAUAAAUGAUUUUGAUAAAAUUAAUCAUUUGAACGACAAAAAAAAAAAAAAAAAAAAAUCAUCAUAUUUUUUGCCUUUAAAUAAAAAAAUACGAAUUUUAAAAUUAUUUUCCUUUUUUACAAAAAAGAAAUAUAAAAAAAAAGAAAAUUUAAAAACAGACAAUGAAUAUAUUAAUGAUAUACCAUUUAAUAAAGAUAGUAUAAAUUUAAAUAAUAAUUCUGUAAUUAAUAUAUCACUAGAAAACAAUAAUACAAAAACAUUAAAUGAACUAGAUAAUAUACCAUUGAAAGAGAAAAAAUAUUUUUUUUUAUCAGAAUCCUUACAUGGAAUGGAAAAACCAAAGUUAAGCUUAAAAGGAAAAAAUUUGACAUUAAAAAAACUGACAAUGAUGAAAAAAGUUUCUUUUACUAAAAAAAAUGUUAAUGAAAAAAGUGAACCUUUGUCUAGAAGUUCCAGUGUUAUAAAAUUAGAAGGGAAAGAAAAUAACAAUGUUAUGAAGAAGCAGUUAUCAAAAGAAAACAUUAUAUAUAAAGGAGAAAUAAAUGAAAAAAAUAACAGUGACACCAUCUUGAAACAAUUAUCAAAAGAAAACAUUAUAUAUAAAGAAGAAAUAAAUGAAGAAAAAAAAGUUUUAAUAAAUAAUAUAGAAAAUAAUUCUACAGUACAAAAUUCUGAAAAUAAUAAAACAAAAGGAAUAUUAAAAAAUAUGGAGCAAAAAAAUAUUCCAAAAAGUAUAAUAAAUAAAAAGGAAAAUAAUGAAAAUAUAUUAAAUAAAACAAAUGUUGUAAAUGAUAUUAAAAAAAAUAUUGAUAGUAAUAAUAAUAAUGAAGUUAAAAUUGCAAAAAAUAUAAAUGAUAAGUUAUCAUAUGAUUUAUUAAAAAGAAUAAAAUUUUGUAAAAUUGGAUAUGAAGAUGAUGAUUCAUUAGGAACUUUACCAGUUGUUCAUUUAUUGAAUGAAAAUAAAGAAGUUAUUGCAAUUGUCCCAUGGCAAAUUGAUCUAACUUCUUUCACUUUAGCAAAAUCAUCAAUAGAAGAAGAAACAGUAAGAAAAUUAGGUCUGUUGUCUAGAAAAUUAGAACUAACAAUAGAUGAAAGAAAAAAAGAUAUAGAAAAAGAAACAAAACUACUAAGUGGAGAAGGGUUAAAAGAAUUAGGUCUAUUAGAGACUUCAGGAAUUUCUAAAGGUCCUAUACGCGGUGAAAAUUUAAUAUCAGGAAUUGAUUUGAAUGCAAUAAAAACUUCAUAUAAAAUAGUAAAGAAAAGUGAACCUAAAGAAAAGGUAAUGAAAGCACCAAAAGAACCCCCUAAAAGUACACAAAAAGCAAAAGGGGGAAAAAAAGAACCACCGAAAUUUAUGAAAGGACCUCCAAAAAAUAUAAAAGGUGGGCCUAUAUUAGGAAAAAGUAAAGUUGCUAAAAUGAAAAAUGUAAAAGAUGAAGGAAAAACAAAAAGAUUUUUCUGGGAGGCUUUAUUUGAAGAUGAUAUAAAAGGAACUUUAUUUGAAGAAAAAAAAGAUUUAAUAAAAAAAAUUGCAAUAGAAAAAGAAAAUGUAGAAAAGUGCUUUGCUAAAGCUGUUAGUAAAAAAGAAGAAAGUAAAGAAGCGAAAAUUAAAAAACCAAAAGUUAUACAAUUAUUACCAGAUUCUAAAAGAGAAUAUAAUAUGUCUAUCGCUUUAUCAAAAUUCAACAAUUAUACAUUUAAAGAAAUUAGAGAUGCAAUUAUGGAGUUAAAUCCUACAAUACUUAAUUUAGAUAAUACAGAAGUUUUAAUGCAGUAUGUUCCUACCGCAGAAGAAAUUGAAAUUGUGAAGGAAUAUAUUAAUUCUAAUGGUGAUUUAAAUUUAGUAGACAAACCAGAACAAUAUGUUUCUGCUUUGAUUGGGGUUCCAUUACUAAAACAACGAUUAGAAUCUCAUUAUUAUGCUCUUUCAUUUAAAGAAAAUUAUGAAAAUACUUUAAAUCCAUUAGAAUGUAUAUUAGAAUCAUGUGAAGCUGUUAAAAAUUCGGUAAAACUGUUUACUAUUUUAUUCACAAUUUUAAAUGUAGGUAAUACAUUAAAUUUUGGAGAUUCUCAAAGAGGUAAUGCUUUUGGUUUUAAGUUAACGACUUUAGCUAAAUUAAAUGAUAUAAGAUCGAGUACCAAACCUAUUAGAACAUUAUUGCAAUACAUUUGUGAAAUAAUUUUUGAAAAAGAUGCGGAAAUCUUAAACAUAAUUGAUGAAUUAAGAUGUAUUGAAAAGGUUGUUAAAACGGAAAAGCAAACAAUUGAUGCUCUUCUGCAGAAAUUAAAACUAGGCUCUAAUAAAAUUAAGAAUGUUUUAGAACUAGCUAAAAAAAAUCCAUCUGAUCCUUUAUAUGAAGCUCUUACAGAAUUCUAUUCCAGUGUUGAACCAAAAAUUGUAGAAUUGGAAAAUUUUUACAAUCAAACUUUUGAUGUAUUCAAAGAAGUAGCUCUUUAUCUCGGUUAUAAAGAAAAAGAAGUUAGUAAUAUUCAAGUUCAUGAUUUUUUUAAACAAUUAUGGAAUUUUAUCCAAUCUGUUGAAUUCAACAGAAAAACUUUAAAUGAGGCUGUUAUAAAAAAAUUAAAAAAACAAGAACAAGCAUUAGCAGUAGAAAAGCAAGGAGUUUCUCCAAGUAAAAAACAAAAUUUUACUAUUAUUAAGAAACAGACUAAAGAACCAACUGCAAAACCAACAAAGAAAACAUUUAAAAUUUUUUAA